UUUAUUUUUUACCCCACUCAUUUUCUCCCAAUUCCACUCUUCUCACAUUUCUCUCCUAAUCUUAUCUAUCGUGCAUCUCCAUUCUUCCACAGUCCCCAUUUUCUAAGCUCUCAAUUCCUCCACAAUCUCUUUCCUUCUCCAAAAAUUUCCUCUCAACUUGUUCAUUUUCUUCUAUUUUAUGUAGUAAAGUUAUUAAAAUUUAACCUACUACGAAGUUGGGAGAUGUUCGAUCUCUUACAGAGUGUUCUAGAUCACGAUGGCGGCUUUCACGGUGGCUGUCACGGCGGCCUUCACCUACUUGUAGUCAACGAGAUCGAUGGAAUUGAGGUUCGAAGAGCUGGAGGUGGGAUAUCUCCAUGAUAUCACCGGAGAUGAUGUUGUCUAACAUUAGAACAUUUUUGUUUAGUUGAGUUUUUUCUCCUGCCCACAAUAUGUUUGAUAAAAUGUUGGAAUGAAAGUGUAGUUUGAUAGGAUAUGUUCAUGUUUUCCUCCUGCCCAUUUUAGUAUGAAUUUCAAUUUUCAAUUCAAACACUCAAUUACAUUUUCAGGCCUAUUAUGUAUUUGUUAUGAGGCAGAUGAAGUGUUGGUUGCAUUAAAUAUAGCUAUAAGUUGUAGGAGAUGAAAUAUGCAGUAUUUAUAAGAGAAGCCAUAUUUUUAGACACAAACAUGUACCUUUAGACACAAACAUGUACCGAGGUUUCUUUCUUCUUAGCACAUAAAAGGUUAUUUCUAUGCAUAAAUAUUGUCUAUGCAUGAUAACUAUUGUUUGUGUAUAUUUAAUAAUUG